AUGAUAAGCAACAAAACAGCCCGCCUCUUUGCAUUGAGAGCACACUUCAUGGGGAACACUUCAUUUACGGACAUUGCAGAGCUUCAGUCAUAAGCACUAUGAUGACCUUUACCUUGAUAACAACUUUCAUUCUCUGCAGCCUCAGCUGGAUCUCUGUCUCAGUUUCUGAGUCUCAGACUGUGGAGGUCAAGUCUGGUGAAGACGUCACACUGCUGUGCUCCAACAUUUCCAAAUAUGACGCUGUAACAUUCUGGUUCAGACUUGUCCAGAGAACCAACAUCAGCUGUAUCUCUGUUAUGAUGAAGUCUUACCGCAAUGCUACAUUCUGUGAUGGAUAUCAAAGUGGAAGAUUUGAAAUGAGCUCCAACAUCUCUGCUCUCUUUCUCAAAAUCAAACAAGUGGAUUUAUCUGACUCUGGACUGUAUUUCUGUGGAUUUUACGGAAAGGCACUUCCAAGUUUCAGUGUAAUAUAUUUAAACAUUAAAGACAGCGAUGAGCCACAUGACGACGUGGAAAGCCAGUGUAAAAGUAAGAUGUUUGAAGAAGAGUCUGACAGAAUAGCAAAGCUGACAAGUGUGAUCCUGGGCGGCCUGACUGUUUUCCUUGUAAUAGUCAUCAUCGGUCUGCUUGUUAAAAACAGGAAACUUCAGACAGCUCAUAAAGAAGAACAGAAUCCAAAGCAAAGAGAGAAUGUGGCUUCUGAUGAGCUGAACUACGCAGCAGUGACAUUUCAACCAAAAGGAAAAAGAAGAGAGCGAGAGCCGAAUGUUAUUUAUGCCGCCACCAGAUAGACUCGGGAGACAUCUGAAACUGAUGCUGUAUCGUAUUAAAAUGCUUUGGGGCUUUUUUAUGGCUUGUUGCAAUAAAGAUCUAAUGUUCAUUCAUGUCUUUUCCUACUGCAGAGCUGUAAUUCUUAGCAUUUCCUUAUUCUUGUCUAUAUAGCAAAAACAUAUGACUGGUGUUUGAUCUAGGAGGAGUUACGAAGGGCACUUAUUAGUGUCCCGAUUGAUUGUACUGAAAGUUUGAUGAAGGUCUGCAGCAGUGAAGGAGUGAGUGAGGUACACAUCACUUGUUUGACAGUAACAGACAGCACAGUGUGAUCUGAGCACAAUUGAGGUGAAAAUCAUGUGGCCUGUUCGAUCAAAGGUUUCUAAAAAUAAAAUCUUAAAAUAAAAAGUUAAUACUGGCUGAGAAAAUUAAAAGCUAAAACCCUUUAAGGCUGCAUGGACGUUUUGGAAAACCACGCAGUACCUCAAUGUCCAAACUACUGAUUUUAACUGUGAUAACAUAGCGUGUGUGACAUGAUAUGCUAUGGGGCUGAAGACCCAAAUGUAGACACUGAGGCAGAACAGGUAGAAGAAAAAGGGCUUUAUGUUUAAAUGAACAGACUUGAAGUCAGACACAAGGCAGUCCAAACAAGCCAAAAAUCCAAAGAUUCAAGGCAGGCAAACAGGUCAUACACAGGCCACCGGUUAUCAAACACAGGCAGCAGAUAUCAGGCAGAAAAUGAAGAACAUGUAAAACUGGAACAGGUACAAAUGCAGGGUUCAACAUUCAUAUUUUUUGUCACUCGCCCAGAUGGCAAAUUAUUGAGAAAACCAAUUACCUGAGUAGACAGUUAUUUGUCCCUAUACUGAUUGUUUAAUUUAUUAUCAAAUAACAACAAGACUGUAAUUGUUAUCUUUAAUGUUAAUCUUUAUAAAUAAUAAAGUAAAAAUUAAUCAGAACAAGCAAACAUUAUCUCAUAGAUCCUGUGGCCAUUUUCUAUUGUUAGG